CGUCAAAACACCAAGCGGCCGGGAGACAGCAGCAACUCGAACGUCGAGUCAACACCAGCCGCCAUGGGUAGAGUCAUUCGCAACCAGCGCAAGGGUCGUGGAUCUAUUUUCACGGCCAACACGCGCCUCAACAAGGCCCCGGCCAAGUUCCGCAACCUCGAUUACUCCGAGCGCCAUGGCUACAUCCGUGGUGUAGUCCGCGACAUCAUCCACGACCCUGGUCGUGGUGCUCCCCUCGCCAAGGUCGUUUUCCGCCACCCCUACCGAUUCAAGCAGGUCCACGAGACUUUCAUCGCCAACGAGGGCAUGUACACCGGCCAGUUCAUCUACGCCGGCAAGAAGGCUGCCCUGACCGUCGGCAACGUCCUGCCCCUGGGUGAGAUGCCCGAGGGUACCGUCGUUUCCAACGUCGAGGAGAAGAUCGGUGACCGUGGCACCCUGGGCCGCACCUCUGGUGGCUACAUCACCGUUGUCGGUCACAACCCCGACGAGGGCAAGACCCGCAUCAAGCUCCCCUCUGGUGCCAAGAAGGUCGUCAGCUCCGGCUCGCGCGGCAUGAUCGGCAUCGUUGCCGGUGGUGGCCGUACCGACAAGCCUCUCCUGAAGGCUUCUCGCGCCAAGCACAAGUUCGCCGUCAAGCGCAACAGCUGGCCCAAGACCCGUGGUGUUGCCAUGAACCCCGUCGACCAUCCUCACGGUGGUGGUAACCACCAGCAUAUCGGUAAGGCCUCGACCAUCUCCCGAUACGCCGCCCAGGGCCAGAAGGCCGGUCUUAUUGCCGCGAGAAGGACGGGUCUGCUGCGCGGUACUCAGAAGACGAAGGAGUAAGGGGCAGUGGUUCGUGGUCUCAUUGGGAUGGUGUUACAGAGGCUUGCUUGCAUCUAUUGAUGGUACUGCUGCGAGCAGGGAUCUGGUAGCUCAGAAGCAAGUACUAUGGCAUUUGGCGUAUACAAAAGAUUACGUAUCGGUCCAGUGGAUGUUGUCGGCAGCGCGACCACGCGAGUGAGGAGACUUGGCCUGUCCGCUGCUUUAUGCCGUACUUCGUCGUAUCGUGCGCAUAUUGUAUAUUGGCAACACAGCCACGCACUCCAGUGGACUUGCCUGUAUCUGGAUUUAACGAUGGAUGUUGAGAGGCGGUUGUUACAGAAUUGACAGAAAAGUUUCGUCAC